CGAGAAAGCAGGUCAAAAGGGUCAAAAGAUGACAUCACAAACCAACCCCCACAUUAGACCAACCACAGACAGCGUUACAGUCACUACAGUCUCAACAAAAUGGCGGGAGUUUCGAAGGUUGCAGAUUUGAGCACAAGUCAGUAGGAAUAAACUGAAAGAUGCAGAGGAUCUGGACCCCUGCUCAGCCACCUCCCGACCCUGUAGAGAUCCAGGUCCGAUCUCCUGAGGCCAGUGUCAUCUUGUCAGUCUUGAGGAGGGCUCAAAGGAGACGCCCAGAUGGAAGGGAUUACUACAGAUGUUUGUACACCAAGAAAUUUGGUGCGCCUCCAGAUGGCUCCAUAUCUGGCAAUAGCCAGAGCACCACCGGUUUUUCACAGGCCACUUGCAGCCAAAGGAGUGAAAUGAAUACCUUGAGUAAGGAAAAAUGUGUGUCACGGCAUCCUUUGAUUUCAACUGAACCAAGCUGGAGAGGGACCAGUGAUAAAAGCAGCAUUACAAAUCCUGCCAGUCAAAUCAGCCAUCAUCUUCAAUCAUCUCCUUUUCCUCAGUCAACAGCCCACAAUGAUGCACCACGACAUCAGAAUGUUACUGGUGUUAUUCCCUUCAGUCAAGUGGUAUUGCCAGGUGAACUUAACAAUGCUUCAGGGCAUGCUCCUCAAACUGACAUGCACCCCUUCAGUGAAUUGACCGAUUACAAGCUCACAAACACUACAACAGUUCUUGAUCCCAUUUGUGCAAAAGGAAAAAGUGAUGCAUCCUUUUAUCAAGAAGAUGUAGGAGCUGAAGAACCCCUAAGCUCCCAGGUUGAUCUCUUUCUGAGCCAGUCCUCCACACCAGUUAUUGGAUGUAAGAUGUCACACCCAACAUGUUUUCUGCAGGAUGCAGAGGAGGAGAACUUUUCUGGCAUCGCAGGUGCAGACCCAGUAGAGGCAGACAGAGAAGGGAACAGAGAGACAGAAGAAUCCAGUCCUCUAUUUGAGUGUUCGCCUAGUCACUGUGACAAUGAUUACAAGGAAGAAAAUAAGACUACAUCUUAUACAGGUCUUCCACUGUUGGAUGAUUCUGAACCACAAGCGACAUGUGAUUCUGACCUCACUGCGACAUCCAAUCACAGUAAUGGAAGUCAGAAAAGUUUGGAUAGUGCUUUUGUAUCCAGUGAAGUGAAGGAUAGGGAAAUCUGUGUAAAUCAUAAAGUGGAUAAGACGAUGUCACAACAAAUGCAAGAUACAAGUAUUGACAAACAGUCUGUGCAACUGCAACUCAAAAUCAUGUCAGCAGAACCCAUGAUAGAAGAUCAUAUGGAAUUGAGUGAGCAGAUGCAUUCAUUGUCUCCUCAGGCAAUACAGUUAGAAAGCAGUAAAAGUGUUGAAACUUCCUCUUCUAUUGAAAGAAUUGAAGAUCUGUCCUUUGACAUUGGCUGUCUUGCUGAUGAUAGUGAUAUCAUGGAAGGUUCUUCACCAGAAAUGUUGCAAGCAGCGACUGUUCUUCCAAGCCAGGAGACUCCUCUAUCUCAUAACAAAGCUGACGUUUCAGAAUAUUUACACACGGCACAGACCCAACAAACAAGUGCACUUGUUGCCAUAAAGGAGCCUGUGACAAAAGCAAAUGCUGAUAGAAUUCAAACAGCAAGGGAGCCAACCAUUACUAGUACAAGUCCAUGUGAAGCGAGUGUCAAGGUGAGGAAACCAAACCAAGCUAUUUGUGGAGCUUAUGAGGAUAAGAAAUCCCAAAACAAAGAGAGCACACCUCAUUGCUCUGAUCCCAAAAGCCAUCCACAGGCUCCUGGUUCAGCUAUACGCAAUAAACUCUUAUUAUCAACACCCAGCACGGUAUCUGUUACCAGGAAUGGAGCCAACAUAAGUGAUGCAUCUGGAUCUAAUGCAUUGUUUGUUACACCUCAGACGGCUUUUGGUAAUCAACAAGGUACCGAUAAAAAAAUUGUUACUUCAAAAUCUUUGUCUCCAAUUGAGACACCAAAACAGGACAUUUUGCGGAGUAAAAAUGCCCCAUCUACAGAAUCUCACACUGAGAUGUUGCCAAUGGAAGACAAGCGGGCAACACCUGGAUCAGCCAUUCAGACAAAGCUGCAGUUGUGGACAAAAGCAAACAGAUCUGAGGCAACUCCAAACAUCAAAAGGACUUCAAAAUCUGCGAGUAGUUCAUAUGAACCAUCAGCAAAGAAGCAGCAGCUGUUUCCCGUACCACAGGCCAACAAGAGGACCUUCAAAGCUCCCUUUAAGGGAGAAGGAAAGCAAACAAACCAGGGAGAGUCAAAGAAGAGAAAGACACCAGAAGUUAAGGACAUCAAGUCUACCAUCAGAGAUGCAUCUGUAAUGUCCCAGUGUGAGAGACAGCAGGCUGUGACUUACAUACUGGGGGCAGGGGAGGUCAGCAUGGCCUUGGUGUAUGGUGAUGGCACGUCACAGCUCAGGGAACCCACAACCAAGGGAAUACCCAAGGACAGUGACAAUAAGGCAGUGGGCAUUGCUGUUGCUGUUCCCGGACCGUCCUCUGGAGCUGUACAGGCCUGCAGUGGACAAGCCAAGAGAAUCAGACAGUUGCAGUUCAUCAUGUUUCCACUCACUUUGGAUAAGCAAGACUAUGCAGAAUACUGCAGAGAGACACUGACACAGCUGAUGACAAGCAAAGCUUGUAGAGUGUGUCUGGAUGCCCAGGAGCUCAUCCUCACCAUGAUCUCACAUUUUUCACUAGAUGUAGCCUCAGUGUAUAACUGGAGCAUGGUGGACCCCAAGGUUGCUGGCUGGCUUUUGAAUCCUGACCACCCCCCUAACACUUUUACUGAAGUGGUAAAAAUGUGUUGGAAAGAGAACGGUCAGGCAUGUGACAAUGAUGAUGAUGCUAACACUCUGCUCUGCCAGGACUUGAGUUGGCUGUUAGAAGUAAUGGAGCUGCUCAGAAGGAGACUCGUGGACUGUGACCUGCUAGACCUAUACCUCAAUGUUGAGAUGAAACUGACACCCAUUUUGGCAAGUAUGGAAUAUCAUGGCAUCUGUGUUGAUCCACAGUGUCUGAUCAAGAUGGGUGAUAUUUUGAAGAAGAGAAUUGGCAUGGUGGAGUCUGAUGCUUACAAGGCAGCUGGACACCGCUUUCUCCUCAGUAGUCAUGUGCAGCUAAGGACAGUGUUGUUUGAUGAGCUCCACCUUGAUGAGAGAUGUGACAACAGACAGAAGCUGGCCAGAACCAGUGUCAACAAUCUGAAGUCAACCUCAGAGUCUGUGCUUGUGCAGCUACAAGAUCUACAUCCUCUUCCAAAGUUGGUACUGGAAUACAGAAAGCUGGAGAAAAUGAAGUCCACUUAUGUUGAUGGUAUCCUGGCAUGCAUAAAAGAGGGAAAGCUGACUGCAACUUGGGAUCACACAUCAGCAGCCACAGGAAGGUUAACCUCAGCCAACCCUAACAUCCAAUCUGUGCCAAAACAGCCACUUGAAAUUGUAGAAUCUUCCCACAAACAACCAGCAGAAGGUGGCAAACAUGAAACUACAACUUUGUGUGCCAGGGAACCAUACGUUGCCAGAGAAGGAUGCUCAUUUCUAUCAGCAGACUUCCAGUCCAUAGAGUUCCGCUUGCUGGCUCACUUCUCAAAGGAUCCUUCAUUGCUGAAGGUGUUUCAGGGAGAUGAUGUGAAGGAUGUAUUCAUGGAACUCACUUCUCAGUGGAUGAAUGUGCCACUAGGAUCAGUGCAAACUGCAGACAGGGAGAGGACAAAGAGAGUGGUUUACUCCAUUAUGUAUGGUGUGGGACCAGAGAAACUUGCAACCUACCUGAAUGUCAGUGCUGCGGAGUCCAAAGGAUUUAUCUCAAGCUUCCUUCGUAGGUUUCCUGGUGUUAGCAGAUUUACCCACAAAUGCAAAGAGGAGUGCAAGGCUAAAGGUCAUGUACGGACUAUCCUGAAACGAUGGAGGCUGAUCCCAAACAUCAAGUCACCCAACUUUUUCCUGAGGUCUCAGGCUGAGAGGCAGGCAGUUAACUUUGUUGUCCAAGGUUCUGCAGCAGACAUCUGUAAGCUGGCCAUGAUCCUUGUGGGGAAGCGGCUGGCAGAAGAAGGCCUGAAGGCCAAGCUACUGAUUCAACUGCACGAUGAACUUGUCUUUGAAGUAGCAGAUGAAGAGGUGGACAGUGUCAAGGGAGUUGUCAGGGACAUCAUGCAAUCAGAUGCCUUGCUGGGUGGUCAAAUCAAGUUGCAGGUGCCACUCCGAGUGUCAGUCAGUGUUGGGAAAUCCUGGGGACGGAUGACUGACUUGGAGUGAUGCCAUGGGUGUUUCCUCAAUUUUCUGUCGGUCCGUCCGUCUGUCUUAUUGUUGGUAUUUAGAAGCAAAGUAAGCAAGGUCCUCUAUCAUUUACUUGGACCUUAAGCAAGAUGUUUUGACAUGAAAUACCCCCAGUUGCAUCAAAAGAAUGUACCCUUCAACAAAAAUGCAUUUUUUUGGUGACAAAAUCCUAAGAUUUGCAAUACAGCUCCAUGUGUCUUGAUUUUUAAUCCAUUCACAUGAUUAUAAUAAUUAUAUAUGUUAUUCUAUUAAAAAUGUGGGAAUGAAAGAUUGACAGUAGCUUUUUUUCCAUGUUCACUGUCUUAUAUUUUGAAAUGAUAUAACAAACAACAAUAUAGAAGAUAAGCCUUUUACAUCUCCAUUCUUUACAACAUAGAAGUAAAUUGUGCUGGAUAUUCAGGAUUUUCUAGACAUGGGUAGGCACAAAUGUAUACAUAUUAACCAUUCAGCUUUUGAUAGCAUAGUCCACAGUUUUUAGUAUAUCAUCAAAAAUGGUUGUCCUCAUGUCAGGUAUUUCAGUAAUUAACGCAGACAUUGUGGUUGGUGAAUUUAGCCACCCAGCUGUAAUUUGCAUGGCAGUGUCCUACAGUGCUACAUUUGUGUAAAUAAUGGAGACAGUUAACAAUUUACAGUUAUUGAUACAUUGGGUCAGAACAGGUGUAAAUGCCAUGUUGGAAAACUAUUAUCUCAUGCAACUGGACAGCACAUCAGCAGCGAAUGACGCAGAGAAAAAUUGCUGACCCCACAAGCUCUAAAGCACAUUUCUGGUCGCCUGGAAUAGGGCGGGUGUCCUCUAGGCCAGGCGUGAUAUUUAGAAAUCAGACCUAGCAGAUUUUUAUACAGUACAGUACUAGUAAGACAAUGUAGAUUUCCAUAUGCUUGAGUUGCCGGCAAUAAUAAAAUUUGCUUACAUA